CAACUCCAUCACCCUUCAAACACACUCCCACACACGAUGGUUUCAGCAAGGAAUCCACCGAGGUAUGUGUGUGUUAUAGGUGCUGGGCCAUCGGGGUUGGUGGCUGCAAGGGAGCUCAGGAAAGAAGGGCACACAGUCGUGGUGGUGGAACAAAAUCAUGAUGUUGGAGGGCAAUGGCUGUAUGAACCUAAAGUUGAGGGUGAGGAUCCUUUAGGAAAGGGUAAGGCUUUAAACGUUCAUAGCAGCAUGUAUGAGUCUCUAAGGCUCACCUCGCCUAGGGAGAUAAUGGGGUUCACAGAUUUCCCUUUCUUGAUCAAGAAAGGUAGGGAUACAAGGAGAUUUCCAGGCCACAAGGAGCUUCUCUUGUACCUAAAGGAUUUCUGUGAAUGGUUUGGUUUGAGGGAGAUGAUUAGGUUCAAUACUAGAGUAGAGUAUGUUGGGAUGUUGGAUUAUGGUGAGUUUGGAAAAGAUUUGAGAUGGGUUGUUGAGACUAGAGCUAAAGAUUCUGAUAAAGUGGUAUCAGAGGUGUUUGAUGCUGUCGUUGUGGCCACCGGACACUAUUCCCAACCUCGGUUGCCUUCUAUCAAAGGAAUGAGUGCAUGGAGAAGAAAGCAAAUGCAUAGCCACCUUUACAGGGUCCCAGAGCCAUUUCGCGAUCAGGUGGUAGUGGUGGUGGGGAACUCACUAAGUGGACAGGAUAUAUCAAUGGAGCUGGUGAAUGUAGCCAAGGAGAUCCAUCUUAGUUCCAAGUCGCUUCAUGUUUCAGAGGGUCUAUCGAAAGUGAUCUCCAAACAUGAUAAUCUGCAUCUUCAUCCGAUUAUAGAAUGUCUACACGAAGAUGGACGGGUUGAGCUUGUUGAUGGAUCAUGGGUUAUUGCAGACACAAUCAUAUACUGCACAGGGUAUUCAUAUUCAUUCCCGUUUCUUGACACCAAAGGAGCAGUAGCUGUUGAUGAUGACAGAGUGGGACCCUUAUAUGAACAUACCUUCCCCCCAAACCUUGCCCCAUCUCUCUCCUUUAUAGGCAUUCCUAGAAAGAUCAUAGGGUUCCCUUUCUUUGAAUCGCAAGCAAAAUGGAUAGCUCAGUUGUUGUCUGGCAAGAGAACUUUGCCAUCAAAGGAUGAAAUGAUGAAGUCCAUACAAGAGUUCUAUAAGGCUAGAGAAGCUGCUAGUAUUCCAAAGCAUAAUACUCAUGAUAUAGCCGAAUUCGAGUACUGUGAUAAGUAUGCAGACUUUGUUGGAUUCCCACACUUGGAAGAAUGGAGGAAAGAACUUUGCAUUUCAGCUCUGGUCAACUCAGAUGUGAACUUGGAGACUUACAGGGAUUGCUAUGAUGAUGAAGAUCUGCUUCAAGUUGCUAAUGAAAGUCCUCAUUUUACUCAACUUGAACCUGAAGCUUUUUGUUCCCUGUAAACUUUAAUUAAGUUCGAUAUUAUAUAAGAUAUAUAAUAUGAUUAGAAUUCCACCGAAGGCUUUUGUUGCUUCCGAAAGCAAAGAUGAAUGGAAUGCUUUUGCUUUCAGAAGCAAGAUAGUACAACCAGAAAAACUAUGAUUCGGAAGGACUCAUCUUUUUUACUUGGACAACAACCCAACAAUGGCAUAGCUU